AUGCCUCCUCUCCUCCCAACGACUCCCCUCCCCUCGCUCACGCAGCUGCGCAGCUUCAGCAGCACGGCGCGCACGCUCGCGAAGUCCAGCAUGAAGCGGCUCGAAGCAGAGCACAGCGCGAUCCCGGCGUACCCGUACGGGCCGUCGACCAUCUACAAGCAGUCGAACUUCGGGCUGUACGGGCGGCAGAAGAUCCGGUUCGGGAACAUGGUGUCGGAGAAGAACGAGAUCAAGACGCGGCGGUACUGGCGGCCGAACGUGCACCUGCGGCGGUUGUGGAGCGAUAGCUUGAAUGGCUUUGUGCGCAUCAGGGUCACGACCAGAGUGCUGCGCACCCUGGAUAAGUGCGGUGGCCUGGAUGAGUAUUUGUUGGGCGAGAAGGCCGGCAGGAUUAAGGAGUUGGGAAUGGGUGGCUGGAAGUUGAGGUGGAGGAUCAUGCAGACGGAGAAGGUGAAGGAGAGGUUUAGAAAACAGAGAGAGGCUCUGGGACUGCCGCCGCGGGAGGAGGUGCUUCUUGGCUCGGAUGGGAACGUGGCUACGAAGCAGCAGAUCGAGGAGCAGGUUAGGAAGUAUGACGAGGACUUGCAAAAAGGAGCUGAUAUAGAGAUCGGGGAGGAGUCGGAGGGAAGUUCU